UUUUUUAAACAGUUUGUUUAAAUUAAUUGUAAAAUAGUGAAAAAACAAUAAACUAAAAGUCUGUGGAAAAUUAUUACAACUUACAACAAUCAAGUAUAAUUAAAUAAAAAAAAUUUAAAGAUUUUUUUUAAUUGAAAAAAUGUUAAUUAUUUUUUCUUACAGAAAAAAUGUAAUUGAAAAAAGUAACUUCUAUUUCAAUUAAAGAGCCGGCACCUAUCCAAUGAAUAAGGAGAUAAAAUAGAAUUGACAGAAUUCGGCCUUCUCAUUGGAGUUACAUUGGUUACAUCGUUAUUAUUUAAGAAACACUAGUCAUUCACGGUGAAAUAUAUAAUUAUUUCGUUGUUUUUCACAAAAAUUGAAGUACGAAAUUGAUUGCAAAACAAUAUGAAUUGAACCAGGUGUCGAAAAGGCUGAUUGUUGAAUAAAUUAAAGCAAUCAAGAAGUUUUGGAGUAUUGGGUCGUGAUGAGCACCAACACAUUGAAUUUUUUCAUUAGUAUUUGUGGGGUCAGUGACGCACGCACAGUGGCAGGCGCGGUGUGUUUUUAUAUUUUUAACGAUAAUAUGUGAAUUUAGCGAAAACUGACGAUCCGCAGUCGGAGGCUCUGCACCAGAGUGACUAUUAUUAUCGACCUGUUGGAUGUCAGAAAAGCGGAAAAAUGUCAGGUGAUUCAGGAUGGAAUGCAGUUAUACACCAUCCCUCGGAGCUGGAGUUACAGACUUGGAAUUGGGAUGAAAAUGACGGGGAACCCGAGAGGGAAUUACCCUCUACAGUUGAUAUGGAUGCGAUAAAAGGAGGAAGCUGGAAUCCAGCAACUGGACCGAAUGGAAACGAUUCUAUAGAUUCCGAGGAUGAUUCGGAAUCGGAUGAUGAUAGUUCGGGAGGGACCGAAGGCAGCUGUUCAUAUUCAGAUUCAAAUACCGAAUCAGACGAUGAAAGCAGCGGUGAAGAAGAAGAUGAUACAGAAUCAAAUUCUGAUUGUACUUCAAAACAUAGUGAACAAACAUUUUCCAUUCGCGAAACAAACUUCGAACAGGGAGCACUAAAACUUAAGAUCGCCAUGAAGGCAACAAAAAAAGAGGAUAAAGAUAACUCAAAGUGUGAUAGAAGCAGGCGAAAUCUUUCUAGAAGAACUAAGACACCUAGUCGCGUUGCUAAGGCUUCAGGAGAUAGUACUGAUGAUUCGGAUUCAUCGGCUAGUCCAGUGCCACAGUUUUCGCAACCACAGCUUCAGUCAUCACAACCGCAACAACAACAACAACAACCACCACCACCACCACUACAACAACAACAAACCCAGCAACAACAACCUCAACUACAACAACCAUUACAAGAAAUAAAUCAAGAAGAUUUAGCCGCAAUUUUACCCGAUGAAGAUCAUGAGGAUGCGCCGUUUGAUGGUUUUGAGGACUCGGAAAGUGGUCGUCUUGUUUCCAAAGCAAUUGAACGAAUGUCACUUGGAGCUGAUUCUGAUUCGGGUGAAAAUACCGAUCAAAUUCCAGUACCUGUUUAUAGUUCAACGUUAUUGCAACAAUUUGUCGAAAAAACAGCAUUGCUCUCGGAACCACGAAAACGACGAAAUAAAUUAGUAAAGAAACUAAAUGAAUCUGAAUACGCUUGUGUAUCAAAUGUUUCACCCGAUUCGGGUAUUCAAUCUGUCGAUAACAGUCCAUUACAUUUAGCAAUAAGUCCCGUAAGUCCACAAGCACCUACGUCACAAUCACCCGUUCAAGUCGCAUCAAAACCAGCUGUCAAUGUUGACAGAGUUUUAUAUCCACCGAAACGAAAACCCGGGCGACCUGCCAAAUUAGUUUCCACACAACCGCGAGGACCUGGAAGGCCUAAAUUAAAGCCAGAAAUUGCCGCCAAAAUCGAGAAACUUGAGAAAAAUUCAAAUGAAUCUCAGGAAAAAAUUUCAAUUGAUCCCUCUUGCGCCAAGCAAACUGUACAAUGUAAAACAUUAACCAAUUCCCUGUCGGAAUCGCGGGACUCUAGUUUCAAUAAAAAAUCAAAGAACAAAAAAUCAAGUCCGAAGAAUGAGCCCGAUGAGGCAAAAUCGAAACUUGCCGAGAGUGAGAAAGUUUUGCCUACACGUAAAAAGUGCCUAAGUAAAUCGAACCUCGAGAAGCAAACAAAAGAUACGGAACAGCUAAACGAGCGGCUGGAGAAAAGUAAAGAGCAAAGAGAGAAAAAUAAAGAACUGCGCGAAAAAAGCAAGGAACAGCGAGACAAAAGCAGUGAGCGGACAGAGAUAAUUAAGGAACAGACGGAAAAGAGCAACGAACGUAGAGAGAAACUCAAGGAGCAGAGGGAGAUAAGUAAAGAACAGAAAGAAAAAAAUAAAGAGCGAAAGGAAAAAAGUAAAGAACAAAAGGAAGAAACUAAUGAACCGAAGGAGAAAAAUAACGAACAAAGAGAUAAAAAUAAAGAAAAGUGUAAUGAACAACGAGAAAAAGUAAAAGAACAGAAGGAAAUAAGUAAAGAGCAACGUGAGAAAAGUAGAGAAAAAAUUAACGAACAUACGGAGAAAAUUCACAAAUCAGAGAAAAAUAAUGAGCGAAAGGAAAAAAAUGUUGAACAAAGGGAUAAAAGUAUCGAGCAAAAGGAGAAAAAUGACAAGAGACUAAGAAGGGAUAAACACAUAUCCAGAAAAGAAACUGCUGAACUCCCCUCUGAAAAGCAAGAAAAAGUCAUCUUAAAUCGAAUUCCAAGCGAAGAAAAAUUACCCAAUAAUAACAAAAAGAGUACAAAAGAAAAUCGAUUAGAUCCAACAACCAGCAAAAAACAAAUCCCAGUGAAAAAACCCGUAGCAUCAAUUUCAAGGCGAGUCCUAAAAGAAAAUAAAAGUAACAAAAAAACAUCCGCAAAUCUCGAAACAAAUGUUGCUGUCCAAACAGUCAUCUCUCUACCCGUCACAAUUCCAUUACAAACCGAGAAAUUAGAUUUCGGUCGAAAAUAUCAAAAACCCGAAACAAAAAAUCAAUCCGCCCAUCAUCACAAACAUCGUCAUCACAAACACUGUCGAAAAUUAGUCGUACCGCCAAAAAAUCCCGUGCGCGUCGAUCCAUUUAUCGUUCAAGAAUUGGAAAAUUUAAUUGAAGAAUUCUCAAAAUCCUGUACCUUGGGACGCAAUAACAUUACAUCGUCCUCAAAUCAUUCCGAAUUACCGCAAAUAUUUCGUGUCAAGAAAAUCACCAAAAAACGAAAAGGCAGUGAAAUAAAUUCAAAUGACGAUCAAAAAUUAAUAAAAAGACGAUUGAAAAAAGAGAAAAUGCCAUCAAACGUUGAUUCAAAAAGUAGCACAAACUCAAAUUCAAAUUCAAGUUCCAAUGAGCAACGACUUCCACUGAAAAAACGUCACUAUCAUGUUUCAAGUCCACAUAGUUCACAAAGUUCAGCUGGCAGUUGUAACGAAACAAUUACAAAUUCCACCGAAAGUCAUAUAGAGGAGGCAAUUGAGGCGACAAUCACACGUUACGGUGGCGAUUCAUCAUCAUCAACAACAACAACAACACAAAAAGUCCCCGUAACACCGAAAAAAAGACAUCGCGACACAGAGGAACCAUUACCAGAGAAAAUCAAUACCGAACUUAAUGAUACAACUCCUCAAAUUGUCACCACAUCCGAAUUGAAUCCACGACGUAAGAAAAAAAUUGUCAAAGAUUUACGAGUGACUGUCACAAAAUUAGCACCCGACACACAAAUUGAAAAUAAAAAUUCCUGCGAAAAGGGCAUUAAAAGUACUGGAGAAAAAGCAGGAAAAGUAGAAAAAGCAAUAACGGAAAAAAUUGUCAAGCCAGAAAUUGCAAAACCCAAUUUAGAAGUGAAAAUAGAAUCGGUGAAGAAAACUGAAACGCCAACAACUAUUGAUAAAGGUGUUAAUUUAAAUUUAUCAACGACAAAUUCAAAUCUUAAAACAGGACCAACAAUUGUCUUGAAGAAAAAAGCAAGAAGGAGAAAAGCAAUUAAUCGAACUGGUUUUCCAACGUUGAAGAAAAAGAAAAAGAAGAAAAUUGUCGUUGAACCAAUGGUAAAAGAAGUUGAGAUUAUUCCAACAAUUGAGGAAACAGAAGUAAAGAUUAUCGAUUCAGUUGAUGACAUUCAAUCCGAAGAAUCAUUGACAAAAGAAAUUGUUUCCAAUCAAGAUACAAAAACAUUUGAAAUUGUUGAUCCACCACCAAUACGCGAAUUUUCACGACAUUGUUUUCUCGAUGAUGAUUCAUGUCCAACAACAAUGUCACUAUCAAAAGAAUCAUCACUUGAAUGCGAUGGAAGUAGACCCUGUGAUAAAUUGUGUCCUGUGAAAUUUGAAAAAGUUCAAGACUCACGAAUUUAUGAUGAGAAUGCAACACUCGAGGAAUCAUUGGAGAGAUACAAUAUGAGUCAACGUGUUGCCGUAUUAAAUGAAGAGAAUCUCAGAAAAUUAGAACGUAGCAAUUCACGUGAAACAGUAAAACAUGAAUUGUCCUGUAAUAAUAAUUAUAGUCACAAGAGACGAAGAGGUUCGGCAAGUCCUUGUAAUUUAACAAUAAGAAAUUUAAAACGAUUGAAAAAUGCCGGUUACGAUACGGAAAGUGAUGCAAUGCCAAGCAGUGAUUUGGCGAGCGAUGAUCAUGAUUUUGGAAAACAGGGAAAUUCAAUACGUGGCAAGAGAAAGCAACCACGAUGGAAGAAACGCUAUUUACCAGCUGGUUUAUUCUCAGAUUAUUUCAAAGAAGAUGAGCCGAGAAAAAUCACCAAUUCCGAUAGUGGAAAAAAUAAAAUGAUUUACGAUCCUGCGGAACAUCCUCAUGGUUUAUUGCCACCGCCUUAUCAUUGUGGAAAAUUUUUGAGACAGAGAAAAAUUCCAUUUCAAUUGCCCUAUGAUUUAUGGUGGUUGCAUACUCAUUCUCGUUUACCGGGACGAGAUUUGGUACCUUCUUGGAAUUACAGAAAAAUUCGAUCAAACGUUUAUUAUGACGUGAAGCCAACAACAUUGUACGAGUCACAAUCAUGUGAAUGUAAACCAGAAAGUGGAUGUGGCGAUGAGUGUAUCAAUCGAAUGGUCUUCAGUGAAUGUUCACCACAAUUUUGUCCAUGUGGUGAGAAAUGUAAGAAUCAAAAAAUCCAAAAACACGAUUGGUCACCGGGUCUACAACGUUUUAUGACCGAGGCAAAAGGUUGGGGUGUACGUACACAAAAAUCGAUAAAAUCCGGAGAAUUUAUUCUCGAAUACAUUGGCGAAGUGGUAUCUGAACGGGAAUUUAAAUCAAGAAUGGCAACAAGAUACGCGAAUGAUACACAUCAUUAUUGUCUUCAUUUGGACGGUGGACUUGUGAUUGAUGGACAUCGAAUGGGUGGCGAUGGACGAUUUGUGAAUCAUUCAUGUGAACCAAAUUGUGAAAUGCAAAAAUGGAGUGUCAAUGGAUUACCAAGAAUGGCAUUGUUUGCCUCGCGUAAUAUUGACGCUGGUGAGGAAUUAACUUACGAUUAUAAUUUUGCACUAUUCAAUCCCUCGGAGGGACAACAAUGUCGUUGUGGUAGCGAUGGUUGUCGCGGUGUAAUUGGUGGGAAAAGUCAACGUGUUCCACGAUCAGUGGCAAUUGUUCCUGCACUUAUCGAUUCAACGGAGAGAAAAUCAGUUGGUAGACCAAGGAAAAAUAUUCGAAAAUCAAAUAUCGUACAAUCGACAAAUUCAAAAGGUUUAUGUAAAUCUCGCAGAAUUGGCGAAUCAAGUUGUAUAACAACACCGCUUAUAAAGCCCAUGUCACAUCAGCAACGAUGUUUUGCCCAGGAACAUCAUUGUUUUCUUUUGAGAAAUUUUGAAAAAGUCAAACGCCAGAAGUUGCAAAUUAAUCAAGUACCACAACCGGGAAAAAUUAAAGCAAUUGGUAAUGUUCAAUCGACAAAGGAAAAGAAUGGUACCGAUGCAAAAUCAACGUCUGAUGCAUUUUUAUCACAGCUCACUGCAUUGACAAACACUAAUGCUCGAACUGUGAGAACACGAAGAUUAGCGCAAGCUCAAGAUGAUCCGGAAGUUCACAAGACUGCUAAGUUAGCUAAGGUUUUGAAGGAUUUGUAUUCCGUUGUUGCAACAGCUAAAGAUGAGACUGAUAAACUUUUAUGUACACCAUUUAUGACACUACCUCCGAAAAGAAAAUUAUCGGAAUAUUAUGAUAAAAUACAAGAUCCAAUUGAUUUGACAAUGAUUGAUCAGGGUAUUGGAAGUGGGCAUUAUAAAACUGCCGAGCAGUUUGAUCAGGAUUUAAUUAAGCUUUUUGAUAAUAAUGUCAGAUUUUUUGGACGUACUUCGGAGAUUGGAAUAGCGGCAGCGAGAUUGAGAAAACUUUAUUUAGGCACAAAAGCAGACUUUGUUUAUGCAAUAACAGAAGCAACUGGUCUUCCACCUUCGCAAGGUUUUUUGCCACCUCAAGGAUCAACAGCAGGCGAGGAAGAUGUAAUUCGUUGCAUUUGUGGAUUACACAGGGACGAGGGAUUGAUGAUUCAGUGUGAGAGAUGUUUAGUUUGGCAGCAUUGCGAUUGUGUGAAAGCUGAUACAAGUGCGGAUUCGUAUUUAUGUGAACGUUGUCAACCCAGGACAGUAGAUUUGGAAAUUCCAUUGGAAGGCGAGGAAGAAGAGGAAGGAAAGAAACAUUAUAUAACACUUUUACGUGGUGAUCUUCAAUUGAGACAAGGUGACACGGUUUAUGUUUUACGCGACACACCCGAGAAGCAUACUUACAAAACCAUUCAGAAUCCUGAUUAUGAGCAAAUGGAUAUUUUUCGGAUUGAAAGGCUUUGGAAAAAUACCAAGGGCGAGAGGUUUGUGUUUGGUCAUCACUAUUUAAGGCCACAUGAAACUUAUCAUGAACCAACGAGGAAAUUUUUCGAAAACGAAGUUGUUUGCGCACCUUUGUACGAAGCGGUUCCAUGCGACUUGGUGGCAGCGAGAUGCUGGGUUCUUGAUCCUAGUACUUUCUGCAAAGGCCGUCCCGUUGGAUCAUCGCCGGAGCAUACGUAUGUGUGUGAACAUCGUGUUGAUCGAGCUGCAAGAUUAUUUACAAAAGUUGCAAGAUCCAGACAUCAAGUUUGUACGAAACCUUAUGCCUUUGAAACAUUUCCGGAACGGAUCAAACAUUAUCGAACAUACUUGCCUCACAGCCUUGAUGGUAUUACUGGUGGUAAAUUAUUGAAAGACAAGAAAAAAAAUGGCUGUCAAGAGGUUGAAAAUAAUGGUCAAAAAGCAGAAACACGAGAAGUUAAUCGCAACAAUAAAGAUCAACCACCAACAUCACGACAAUCCACGACAAAAACGAGACGUCGCUCAGGCGAUAAUUUAACGGUGCCUACUAUUAUUGUAUCUUACGCUCAGCGAGAAGAGCAAAGGAAGAGACUGAAUGGUAUUCUAAUGAAUCUUCUACAAAGAAUGCCAAACAAGAAAGAUCCACUGGAUUUGUCAUUUCUUCUCGAAAGAAAUAGAAGAAAUCGCAAAAGACCCGGUGGACUUAAUCCGUGACACUGGGUAAUGACAUGAAUUAAUUAUAUUUUAAUUAUAAUAAUUCGUCAUCUAAGACAUGUAAAAUUUAAAAGAAAUUUUACGUGUGUAAAAUUAAUUGCGUUUUUUAUCAGCAAUUACUUUUCGAUUCUUAGAUAAAGUGAUUGCGAUAUAUUUAUAAAUUUUUGGGCAAGGAUCAGUGCAUUUUAAUUUUCUAUAUAAAAUGCACUGUUUUUUUCUCUUUUUCUAGUUAGGUACAUUGAAAAUAAUGUAAGAAAUUAUAUUUUAUUAAUUUUUCUUUUCAUUUUUAAUGUUACAUAAUUUUUUUUUGUCAAAAAAAUCGUCGUUUAAUAAUAACCUUGCCUUUGCCUUGAUUCAAGGCUAAUCAUUUUUUGUUUCUUAUCGGAAGUUUUAAUAGAAUUUUAAAUAUAAAUGUUACAGUUAAAGUGUUUUUACAGAACAUUUUUUUUGCAUUAUGUUUUAAUCAUGAUAUUCAAAUUUAUAAUUUUAACUUGGCAUGAAUUAGGAAUUUAAUUGAAAAUUAUUUAUAAACUCGUUAAAUGAGUUCUUAUUUUUGUAACCGAGAUUUUCUUUUCUUUUUUUUUGCUAAUAUAUUUUGUUUGUAAUUAGAGUUUGAAUUUUAAUUUUGAAUACAUAGGUUUUGGAUCUUUUAAAAAUGUUUUAUAAUUUAUUAAAUAUUAAUGAGCUGAUGAGCUCGCAGUAAUAAGUUAUUUACAAAUAAUAUUCACGUAAAACUAGUUUCGUUAGGAAGUGUUUCUUUUCGAUAGUUUUAUUGAAGCUAUUAUUAAUUAUUAUUAUUAUAUUAAUUUAUAUUAUAUUAAUAUUAAUUAUUAUAUUGUCAUUAAUUAUUCUUAUUAAUUAUUAUUUUAAUUAUUAUCAUUAUUAAUAUUAUGAUUACUAUUAUUAUUAGUUAUUUUUAUUAUUAUUAAUUAUUAUUAUUAAUUACUUUUAGUAGUAAUUUAUUUUAUUUGGCAGUGGUUAUAUUUUAAGAACAAAAAUUUCUAGUGUUUUUAAAAGUUCAUAUAAUUAUUUAACGUUUCGAAAGUUCUAUAUUUUUCAAAAAAGAAAAACUUAAAAAAAAAUGAUUUAUAUUUAUAAGAAAAAUUUUCGAAAAUUGACAUUCUUGUCUAUUGUGUAAUUAAAUGCAUUUUAGAAUUGAGGGAAAUAAGUACAGUUUGAGUAAUUCAUUGAAUUGAAAAAAUUCAUUAUUUGAAAAUGUUCAAAUUAUCGUUUUCCAAAUUUUAAUAUAGUACAUACAUACAUUACGCUUAAUAAUUAUAUUAUUGAGUUUUGUUGAAAAAAUUGCCAUAUUGUGAAAGAAGCUACAAAAUAAUGUGUUUAAUAUAUUAUAAUUUAUAAAUUUAAGUUAAUAGUAAAGAAAAGCAUGGUAAAUGAAUAUUGAAUUACGAAAAAAGAAGAUUCGUUUCGAGAAUCAAAGUAUAUAUAUAUGUAUGUAAACUUAUCUAAUCUUGCAUAAACUUUAAAAAAAAAAAUAUAUAUAUAUAUAUAUUAAAUUAAUUUAAUUGCACGUUAGAGCUAGUUUUUGAAUUUAAUAUUGUGACCCGGGGUUCCGCUGUGAAACACAUUAUUUAAUGUAUAUGGAUAAUUGUACAGAGUUAUAUUUGUAAAUUAUUUGUAUGCUUGUCCGAAAUAAGCUUUAUUAGAAAACAAGACAGUUAACUGUACAAAUUAUACAAAUAUACAACAAUAUCGUGAGUGUAAAUUGCACUCGAUUGCACAACAGUAGUAUUAUAUUUUUCAUAACCCCUGAUAUAAUCAGAGAUGUAUGUAAAUUAAAUAAAAAAAAGUAAAAAAGAAACAAAUUCUAGAUGAAUAUAAACGUUUUAAAAUUAUUAUUAUUAUUGUUGCAAUCAAUUGCGUUGACUCUUGUUUAUUGUACAUCAUAAAAUCGAAAUGAAUGAGAAGCGAGAAUCAUUGCAGUUUUAAAGAUGCUAUUUCUGUAAAUACACAAUGUUAUGACGUAUUUAUUAUCAUGCUAUUAGAUUUAAAAAAAGCGCUCAUGUGCGUGAAAUGUGAGUGUGAAAAUGAAAGUAUGUCUGAGAGAAAAAAAAAGUGAAAUCAAAUGUAUAAAUGAUUUAAAAAAAAAAAAAAUUCAUUAUUCAUCAAAUUUCAUUAAUAUGACAAUUUCAUAUUAUGACAAUCCUGCUUAAAAUUUGUUGACACAAAAAAAGAAAUUUGUGAUUGGGUUCAAUACAAAAUAUUUGUCCGUCCCUAAUCAUCUUUAUAAAUAAUAUAUAUAUAUAUAAAUAUAAUAUAUACGAUAUUUCAUUUUAUCGUCGUCGUUAGUCAAUUUUCAAUUGAAAUUUUAAACAGGAAUGUUAUAGACGAUCCAAGAACCAGAUUCAGUAAAAACAAAACAAAAACUUAAUAGAACAUCUAUGUAUCUAUAGUCUUUUAGAGUAAAUCAAAAAGUCAUGUAACAGCUACACACAUAGUGUCUCAAGCUAUUAAAAAGGAAAAAAAAACUUCGAAUUGGCAAUAAAGUAUUUUAUUACUGAA